AUUCCGCAAGGCGUACUUCUUGCCCUGUGCAUUUUGCAGACGAAUACGGAUAUGGGUAAAACAAAUCCAUAUAAAGAUUUUGUGUCGGGUGGAGUCGGUGGAGUUUGCUUGGUUGUUGCUGGACAUCCGCUAGAUACUAUCAAGGUUCGACUACAGACAAUGCCUCAUACAAAGCCAGGACAAGCACCACUUUAUAAAGGAACUUGGGAUUGUGCAGUGCAGACAGUAAGGAAAGAAGGUUUCUUUGGACUGUACAAGGGAAUGGCUGCUCCUGUGGCUGGUGUAACACCUAUGUUUGCAAUAUGUUUCUUGGGCUUUGGUAUUGGGAAAUCUCUACAACAGAAGAGUCCUAAUGAUGAGCUUACAUAUCUACAGUUCUUUAAUGCUGGAAUGUUGGCAGGUGUUUUUACUACAGCUAUUAUGACUCCAGGAGAAAGAAUUAAGUGUUUAUUGCAGAUUCAGGCUGAUGCUAAAGUUAAAAAAUAUGCAGGCCCUGUUGAUUGUGCAAAGCAACUAUACAGAGAAGGGGGUAUUCGGAGUAUUUACAGAGGAACAGCUGCCACUUUACUUAGAGAUGUUCCAGCAUCUGGAAUGUACUUCAUGACAUAUGAAUGGCUUCAACACAUUUUAACACCAAAAGGUCACAGUCGGAGUGAUUUAAGUGUGAGCAGGACUCUAAUAGCUGGUGGAUUUGCUGGAAUGUUUAACUGGUUGGUUGCAAUUGCACCUGAUGUACUGAAGUCACGGUUACAGACAGCUCCAGAAGGUACAUACCCUAAUGGUAUCAGAGAUGUCUUUAAACAUCUUCUCAGAAAUGAAGGCAUUUUUGCUCUGUACAAAGGAGUAACUCCUGUGAUGCUGAGGGCUUUUCCAGCUAAUGCUGCAUGUUUCCUGGGUUAUGAAGUUACAAUGAAAGCCCUUGAUUGGAUAUAUCCAGAGUAGUCUAGGAAUAUAGAGAGAUAUAGUGUA